CCGGAGCAUUCUGGGAUUGGAUGAAUCUCAAGAUGGACAACCGGGAUGUUGCAGGAAAGGCUAACCGGUGGUUUGGGGUGGCCCCCCCCAAGUCUGGAAAAAUGAACAUGAACAUCCUUCACCAGGAAGAGCUCAUUGCUCAGAAGAAACGGGAAAUCGAAGCCAAGAUGGAGCAGAAAGCCAAGCAGAACCAGGUGGUGGUCACCUCGAAGCCUGGAGAAAUCGCAAACGCACAAGACUCGUCCUCCAUUUCCAACAAGUUUGCCAAUGACGGCAGCUUCCUGCAGCAGUUUCUGAAGUUGCAGCAGGCACAGACCUCCUCGGAUGCCCCCCCCAGCUCAGCCAGCGCCCCACCCAGCACACCCACCCCCAGCACUGUGCGGAGGCCCCUGCUGCUCACCAAGAGGGCGGGCCUGGGGCUGGGCGGCCCACCGGGCCUGGGGAAGACAUACUCGCACGCCAAGCAGCUCCCGGUGGCCACCCGGCCCAGUGUCUUCCAGUCCCCUGAUGACGACGACGAAGAGGACUAUGAGCAGUGGCUAGAGAUCAAAGUUUCACCCCCAGAGGGAGUCGAGACCAGGAAAGUGAUAGAGAAACUGGCCCGCUUUGUGGCGGAAGGUGGCCCGGAGUUAGAGAAGGUGGCCAUGGAGGAUUACAAGGACAACCCCGCCUUCUCGUUUUUGCACGAUAAGAACAGCAGGGAGUUCCUGUACUACAGAAAGAAGGUAGCUGAGAUGAGGAGGGAGACGCAGAAGGUGCAGGUGGCCCCGCAGAAAGUUUCACCCCCAGAGGACGAAGAGGCCAAGAACCUUGCAGAAAAGUUGGCCAGGUUCAUAGCGGACGGGGGUCCGGAGGUGGAGACCAUCGCGCUCCAGAACAACCGGGAGAACCAGGCCUUCAGCUUUCUGUAUGAGCCCAACAGCCAAGGGUACAAGUACUACCGCCAGAAGCUGGGGGAGUUCCGGAGAGCCAAGGCUGGCGCCACAGACGGCCCCACAGCCCCUGACCCCAGCUUGAAGCGCCAGUGCCCCCCUGAGACCCCGUCAGUGUCCCUGACCCCCACUGCCGCCUGCCUUGCCUCCUCUGCUACCCCUGUGUCCUCUGCCACCCCCACGCCCACCACUCCCCCCGCCACUGUCUCCGGGAAGCCGGCCGCCACAGCCAGUGCCAAGAGGAAGCGGAAGAGCCGGUGGGGGCCAGAGGAGGACAAAGUAGAGCUCCCACCCGCCGAGCUGGUACAGACGGAUGCGGCUGCUGCCCCCUCACCACUGUCAGUCCAGGACCUCAAGGGGCUCGGCUACGAGAAGGGGAAGCCCGUGGGCCUGGUGGGUGUCACAGAGCUGUCAGAUGCGCAGAAGAAGCAGCUGAAGGAGCAGCAGGAGAUGCAGCAGAUGUACGACAUGAUCAUGCAGCACAAGCGAGCCAUGCAGGACAUGCAGCUGCUGUGGGAGAAGGCCCUGCAGCAGCACCAGCAUGGCUACGACAGCGAUGAGGAGGUGGACAGCGAGCUGGGCACCUGGGAGCACCAGCUGCGGCGCAUGGAGAUGGACAAGACUCGGGAGUGGGCCGAGCAGCUAACCAAGAUGGGCCGGGGGAAGCACUUCAUCGGAGACUUCCUGCCGCCUGACGAGCUGGAAAAGUUCAUGGAGACUUUCAAGGCCCUGAAGGAAGGCCGAGAGCCCGACUACUCAGAGUACAAGGAGUUCGCACUGACGGUGGAGAACAUCGGCUACCAGAUGCUGAUGAAGAUGGGCUGGAAGGAGGGAGAAGGCCUGGGUUCUGAGGGCCAGGGCAUCAAGGCCCCCGUCAGCAAGGGCACCACUGCUGUGGAUGGUGCUGGCUUUGGCAUCGACCGGCCUGCUGAGCUUUCUAAAGAGGACGAUGAGUACGAAGCCUUCCGCAAGAGGAUGAUGCUGGCCUACAGGUUCCGGCCCAAUCCCCUGAAUAACCCUCGGCGGCCUUACUACUGAGUAUGCGCCAGUGUUCACACUACUUCUGGAAGGACCGUCCUGGUCCCCUGAAUGUCCCAGCCUACGUGUCUGCCGCCCUCCUGUUGUUGCAAGUGUCGUGCUGUGUAUCAACGUCCCAGUGCGAGGCUGCCCAGGGGCUGGGCCCACCAGCCACCACCUGCCACUUCCUCAGCCUGGUCCUGCCCUCACUACAGAGUCCUUUACGUGUGGGGCUGGAGCCAGGCGAGGGCUAACCAGUGGGCUAUGAUAGGAAGACUUCCUAGCACCCUGGGAAUCCUGGGUACACCCAGCCUGAUGUCCGCCCACGGGAUCUCCAUUCCCUCCUGGAGCCUGGUUGGGUGAUGGAGGGGAGAGAGGCUGCUGUCCGUGCAGGAACGGAGUCAGGCUGGCCUGUUCUGGACUUGGUCUUACCUGGGCUAUCUCUGGGCCCUAAGGGGUAGAAGGCCCAGCCUGCCCUUAGACCUGAGGCGGGCAGUCCUGGAGGUGGGAGGUGCUAGCGUACAUUGGUCCCCACUGCCCCCUUGUCCUCAGCAUCCUUCCAGGAAUGUCAUCCCCCACUCCCAACCCCAGGACCCUUUCACAAAGGUCCUUCCCUUUAGUAGCCUUGACCCCAUGCUGGGGGUCUGUGCCUGACCUGGCCCCGUGGCGUUUAUUAAACUGAUGGACAAGCAGGUCACGAA